AUGAGCCAUUCAGGAGAUCGUUUUACAGAUAUCGAACUAGAAAAUAAACGCUUACCAGCAUGUUGUGGUUACAUUACUUGGAAAUUAUUAUCUCUUCAAGAUGCUAUGAAAGAAUUACAAGGUCUUUUAGAAGAAAUAAAUUAUUUUGUUAAAGAAGCUAAAAAACAUUGCACAUAUCCAAAUGAUCAUAAUUUAACAAAAGAUGAAUCUGCUGCAAUUUAUAUUUAUACAAUGGAAAUGUCCGAUGAUUCAUGUGUUUAUCGAAUUUUAAAUCAAACACUUCGUGCAGAAGAUCGAUCAAAAGUUCGUCCAUGGUUUGGAUAUUUAAAACUAUUACAUUCUGCAACGUCAAAAUUACCGAGAUUUAAAGGAAUUGUGUGGCGUGGUAUUGAUAAAGAUGUUACUAAGAGUUUUAAAAAAGGUCAAAAAAUUACUUGGUGGAGUAUAAGUUCAUGUACAACAUCUGUUGAUGUUAUUUCUACAUUUCUUCAUAAAUCUUCUUCAAGUACGUUAUUUAAUAUCGAGUGUUUAAAUGGAAAACUCAUUUCAUCAUAUACAUGUUAUUCAAAUGAAAAUGAAGUUAUUUUAAUGCCUGGAACAGUAUUUGAAGUUGUAUCUAAUCCAUUAAGUCAUCAUGGUGGAUUAAACAUUAUUCAUUUAAAAGAAAUUAGUGAUGAUGAUGAUGAAGAAGAAGAAGGAGAAUCACCUAGACCAUCAAAGCCAAAUUCUUAUCAAUCUAAUCAUCCUACAACUAGUACAGCAACUAUACCAAAGAAUCAAAUAUCAACUCAAUCUUCAAAAAAACUACAACAAAUUCAAACAAAAAAGUAUAAAUUUCAACAAUCUGGAAUUACUGUUGCUGGAGGAAAUGAAGAAGGACAGAAAUUAAAUCAACUCUAUUGGCCUUCGGGGAUGUUUAUUGAUAAUGAUAAAUCAAUUUAUAUUGCUGAUUACCAGAAUAAUCGUAUUAUUAAAUGGAAAUUGAAUUCAAAUACUGGCCAAAUCAUUGCAGGUGGAAAUGGGCAAAGAAAUCAAAAUAAUCAAUUGUGUUGUCCAAGAGAUAUAGUUUUUGAUAAAACAAAUAAUUCUUUGAUUAUUUCUGAUCCAGGAAACAAUCAAGUAAUUCGAUAUUUUGAUCAAAAUCAAACAAGUCAACAAAUAAUUAUUUCAAAUAUUGAUUGUUGGGGUCUGGCAAUCGAUAAAAAUGGAUCUAUUUAUGUUUCUGAUGGUUGGAAUCAUGAAGUAAGACGAUGGAAACAAGGAGAUGAAAAAGGUGAAUUAGUUGCUGGUGGAAAUGGUAAAGGAAAUCAUCUUAAUCAACUCAGUUGCCCUACUUUUAUGUUUAUUGCUGAAGAUUAUUCUCUUUAUAUAUCAGAUUCUUCGAAUCAUCGCGUAAUGAAAUGGAAAAAAGAUGCAAAAGAAGGAAUUAUUGUUGCUGGUGGAAAUAGUAGAGGAAAUAGUCUCAAACAAUUGUCUAAUGUUGAAGGAGUGAUUGUUGAUCGUUUGGGUAAAAUCUAUGUGGCAGAUUAUUGGAAUCAUCGAGUAAUGCGUUGGUGUGAAGGAGAUGCAGAAGGUGAAAUAGUUGUUGGUGGAAAUGGUGAAGGAAAUCAAUCAAACCAAUUGAAUGGUCCCAUGGGAUUAUCAUUUGAUAAUGAAGAAAAUCUUUAUGUUGUUGAUUCUAGAAAUCAUCGAAUCCAAAAAUAUGGAAAACUUUGA